UUACACACACGUCACGGCCUUGUCCACAAGCAGUAUUGUGAAAUGGAUGGGUUACUUUUUCUCUCCACUCGAUGUUGGGACUGAACAAAACUUUGAUGACAUUUGCUCAUGUCGGCCUACACAGGAGUCUGAUGGAAACUCUCUAUGGCUAGAAUACAAGACCCCACGGGUGACUGACUUGGACCCCAGGGUCAUAUGGGUUACUAUUGACCAGCUGACCGAAGACAUAACUUACGGCUUUGACUUCGCCUUCGGCAAUCUUAUAAGUGUCAUCAAACCGGCAGACAGUAUUGCUGAUGACCUAGAAAAUGCCGGCAAUUUCCUCGUGGCCACCUGGCGGACGACUGAUACCUUGCCCUCCAUCCACAUCCGGGACAUGACGAUCAGAGAAAUUCUUCACAGACCACACUUCUUUUUCUAUCUGGGCUCAUGGAUCCCAAUACUUCCUUUGUUUGUCAUGGUUGUUCUCAGGGGCAAGAAGAAAAGGGUGAACACUCAUUACGUCUACAGUAUUAAGGAUGUACAGAAGGCUUUGGCCAAAGGAAGACGUCGAUUUGGCCACAGGAAAAAGAAUUCCACACAACGGCUGAAACCUAAACAGGAAAACAAGAACUUAGCAGAAGGGAACUCACAGCCUCAUCCAGCCUUUGGACAUGGAGACUUCAGUCAGACAUUCAAAGUCAUCAACGGAAAAUUAGUCGUUGAGAAACUCAGGCGUGACCUGGAUUAGCCAUAACCUCUCCACGCUUUGAUACAGCUGAUAUCUAAAAUGACUGUUUAGUGGUAAUUUCUGUAAGCCUUGAACACAUUUCUAUUCUCUUAAAUUUAACAGUAUUUUCACAAAAUCAACAAA